AUGGAAAAAGCUGGAGGAAAGCAGGAUAAAGAUUCGGAUGCUGCAACAGGUGCUUCCACGGCAUCUCCGAAGGCGAAGCGUUCUGUUGGCCUUCAUGGGACGUUCUUCGAACCGGGCUAUGCUCGAUGCCUCUGUGGGAAAACAUCAAGCGAAAUGGACGAUUUCCUCGAUGAA